AUUAUUUAAUAUUUAUUAAUUAUUAUUAUUGUUUAAGAAAUGGGUUCCGAGAGCCCAAAAAUGGUUGCCGAUGAAGAAACGUUUGAUGAAAACAGUUUGGCCGAGGCAAAUUCUAAGGAACAGUACAAAGAAAUGAAAAGAAAAUUGCGGCUUUUAGUCUAUGAAAAUGAAAUCUUUCAACAGACCCUAAAGACUACCCAACGGAAACUCCUGAAGGCGUCACGAGAUAAAAAUGUUCUACUGGACAGGCUGAUAAUGUAUGAAAUGGUAGAUCUCAGUAGUAGCGAUGAUGAACUGACCGAGUCAUCGGAUGAAGGCGAUUCUACCAAACCAGAACCUAAGAAGCGAAAAGAUCCACCGGCAAACAACAACUCUUCAAGUGGAACUAGUAAACAGUCUAUUAGUCCUCAAAGGACUAAUCCAAAUCCAGCCAAAAAACGAAAACCUUCUACUCCUAAAGCUUCUAAGUCUGCACCAAUGCCACUUCAAUCAAAUGAAUCUCAUUCUAACAAUGUAUUGUCAACGGCUGAAAGCAGUAAAACAAUGGCUGAACCAAAGUCAGGAAACAGUUUUAGUCAACACAGUUUAGCAACAGACAUGUUUAAUGACACUUUUUCAGCGAAAAGUGAAUCAAACAGCACUUUCACAAUAAUAUGAUGUUGGCAAGACAUUGUGGUUUACAUGAUUAAGCAUUUAGGACGUCUACGGCGACGGUCCUCGGAUAAUUCUUUAGGAUGGUUCCGUAUGAUGCGCACCACCUGUAGGGGAGAAAAAACCUGUUAGUAUUUUGAUACAAAAAAUUAAGCUAUUUGAUGUUGAGUCAAUUUUAUACAGGAGAACAGUUAUUAGACAAAAUGUGUUAAUGUUUUGGUUGCUGCAUGUAAAAGGUUGACAUUUACAAAACUAUGUUUAAUAAUGUUAUACUAUUUGUAAUUAAUUGUAUAUUAUUAUAUACUAAGUUGAAUUGUUAUCAGAUAACAUGUGAAAGUUGUAAAUGUAAGAUAUAUUCUUCUAUUAACAAAAAAAAAUAAAAUUAUUCAAUUAUGUUU